AUGCAAGGCUUUUCUUUGGAUUUAUUAAAUGUUGUUGGAUAUUUGUUUCUUACGAUAUUUGUAGAUCAUGGUGCCACAUUGAAGCAUUUUGAAAACUUUGAUCGAGAUUUGACAUACGGAAAAGUACAUCACCUGUUUCCCACGUCGAGAUGGAGACCAGGGACAAACGGAUCACCUUACAAACCCAGUGUGCUUGUAGAGGUUGAAGGUCGUCCGCUGAGACUGUCCUUAACCUUUAAUUCACGUCUAUCUGGGUGUGUCAGGGUCUACCCUCAAAGAGAAGAUAUCUGUAACAAAGAGAAGGAAGUUGAAUUAUAUCAGGAUCCACUUCAUGGGGCGUCAGUAGAGAUCGAGACCUCUGCAGCGGGGCUAUACAGUUUGUCUGGAACUUUUACUUUUGGUCACCACCAUUAUUAUAUCAAGACAGUCUCCAAUAUCAAGUCCUUUCAUCAAGUUUCAAAAGUGCCAUUCCUGAUUUCAAAGAUAACAACAUAUUCAGAUUUACGAUCUGACUACAUCAUUCCAAAUCCUAAACCACUUAGGUACAAACCAUUAAGGAGAGAUUUUCCGCUCCGCCAUAAAAGAUCUGGGACAGUGUACACGGUGGAAUUGUUUCUAACUAUUGAUUACAGCAUAUACAAGUUUUGGUACGAACAGAACAGCAACAUCACCAGUAGUGGGGAAAGACGAAACGCGGCCAUUAAUGACAUAAAGCAUUACUACGCUUUCCUUGUCAAUGGAGUCGAUGCCAGAUACAAGAACCUACCGGCGUCCACUUACACCAUCAGUGUCAUAUUUGCAGGGAUGUACAUCGCUGAGACAGCCGCCUCUUGGACUGGGAGUAUGGACAGCCAGAAUAAAUUAGAUGCCAUUUCUGCUGGUGAGGCAUUUGAAAGCUGGCGGACGUCACAACUGAAAUCCAAUUCCAUUCCAGACCAUGACCAUGCUAUGCUAUUUACAAGGUAUAACUUGGCCAUGCAAAACCAAACUGGUGCAACAGGAUUUGCAUACGUAUCCUCAAUGUGUUCAUCAGGCUCAAUUUCUCUGAUCGAGGAAAAAUUUGACUUGAUUAGUUACACAAUUGCUGCGCACGAAUUGGGUCAUAGUUUAGGGGCGACCCACGAGGGUGUGGGGACGAACACAUGCCCAGAUGAAGGAUACGUCAUGUCCGCUGUUAGUCGUCCGCAUGUUAAAUCCACGAAUCCAUGGAAAUUUUCCUCCUGUUCUGUGACCCAAAUAACCAAUUACAUCAAUUCCUUGCAAUCCAAUUGUCUGUUGCAAGAAACAUCAUCUGUGGAUCGAAAUUCACUGCAUUCUUUCGAAAGUACACCAUUGGGACAAAUAUACCAAAUCGACCAACAAUGUAUGCUCAGUUUUGGUUCUGGUGCUCUUAUCUGCAGGGAGUUUUACAAUUCCUCGAAUUUUCAAGAAAUAUGCACGACUUUGCAUUGUAAAGGACAGGGCAGUACUAGCUGCGGUGCUAUUCUUCCUGCAGAUGGCACCACCUGUGGCAACCGGAAGUGGUGCCAAAAUGGUGUAUGUACAUACAACAGCUCUAGCCCCGCUGCAGAUGAGACCUGCUUAUUUGGGGACGAACCAGGGACUGUGUGUACUCAGAUAAAGACUAAUUCUUGGGAUUGCUAUGGUAACGACUACCGUAAAUGUUGUCGUUCUUGUGAGUCAAUCAGAUCCAGCGAUACAAACUGUCCUUUUGGAAAUCGCGUUGCAGAUUGUUCUUUCCUAACAAUUAAUAAUCGCAUUCAUUGCUACGAUGCUGCUAUGUAUUUGCCAUGCUGUGACUCCUGCAAAAAGCUCUCCACAAAUAUUUCAGGCUGUGAGUAUGGAGACAGGGUAGAGAAUUGUGAUGCACAGAAUGAUUGCUCCAGUCCACAAAUCUCAUGGAACUGUUGUGCUACAUGUAGCAAAGUAACACCAACAGCACAGCCAAGCACAACUUUAUCAACAACCACAACAUCCAGUACAACUAUUACCUCUACAACACCAUCAACAACUUCCACAAGUCAAGCGCCAACAACAACGAUCUUCACAACUACAUCUACACCUAAAUUCAGCACAACGACAAAACCAAUCACAACAACUCAAUCUUCAACAACAUCAGUGAUUAGUAGUUCGAUUUCUACAUCAACACUUGUUCCAAAAUCAACAACAACAACAACAAAACAUCCAUCUACCAUAACUUCUACACCAAUUCCCACAACUACCACUGCCAAACUGAUAACAAGUCCGACAACAAUCGCUCAAUCUCAAACAACUUGGACUUUUACCACUACUACAACUGUGCAUAUCAGAACAACACCAGCACCAACAAACUCCACAACAACACAACCAUCUACUACACCAAAGCCUAUGACAACAAGUACAACAACAACCUUUCAAUCUCCAACAACAUCAACUUUCAAAACUACUACUUCUACAACUGUCCCAAUAACAACUAGCCAAGUACCAAAAUCGAGCACCAAAGCUGCACCUCCAUCUACAAAGACAACAAAAGAAACAACAAUAAAGCCUACAACAGCGAUUACAACUACAGCAACACCAAUAACUACAACACAAUCUAAAACCACUGCUGCAAAGACAACAUCAAGAGCAUUGGUAACAAACGCCCAAACAUCAAGAACGCCAUUAUUGACCACACCUACCACGUCCGACAGUACAACUGACUUUUCACAGUUGGCAACACCCAGAAACUUAGCUCCUGGUGAAGAGACUCCCAUUCUUAAAGAACCGUGGUUUUUGGCUAUCAUGACAGCACUUGGUGUGGUUUUUGGUCUUGUAUUGGUUGGGGUAUUUCUACAUGCUUGUAGGAAAAAACGUCAGCUCAGGAAAAACUCUUUAAAAUUACACAAGAAACACACUAAACAUGCAUUUGAGAACCAUCGAUAUAGUUCGAGAAAACAUCACCACUUUGACAUGGACGUAGGCGACGAAUACAAGGAAAUACCACUUAAAUACAAUGCAAUAUCAGGGGCACAAGACAAUGUUAGCAAUUACUCACUUGCCGACAAAAGUCUUUCAAAUACUAUCGCGACGUCAGUAAACCCCUUUAGGACUUUUGCAUCAACAACGUCCGAAGAUCAGCGACUUUCCGAAUCUUUGAAUUCGCCUUUCUAUGAUCACUUGCCAGUAAAAGAGAGACCGCCUCAUGACGCAUUUUCAUCUACAACACACGGGGACCGUCGCCAUUCGUCUCCUCAUGCAGUAACAGGUGUCUUAAACCCCACCUACUCACAUCAACUACAUACAGUCCAAGAACACCAGGGACUGUCCAGAACAUACAGGAAUCCUGUGAGAAAGAGUCCUCCCAUUAGUCAGCAACUCUCACAGACCUGCAGGUCACCUAUCCUUGGUCACGAACAUCGUAAUGACUUUUCAUUAAAACAAGAGUCACCUCAUGAUGCUUUCUCAUCGUCUCUUAACUGGGAUCGCCGUCAUUCCGUUCCUCAUCCAAUAACAGGUGUCCAAAAAUCUCCUCACCCACAUCCAGUGAUUCAAAAACAGGAGGGACUAGCUAGAUCACAUGCGAAUAUUCAACACAGUGGGGGAAGGGGGGCGAAUCAGCAGCAAUGGGGCCAACGUCGAACAAGCGAAUAUAACUCAACGUAUAGAUAUUAA